AUGAGAGCCAACCUCUCGUGUGAAAUUUGCCAACUUGAGGCGGGUGGGCUGCACUUUGGGGUGGCCAGCUGUCGAGCGUGUGCCGCCUUCUUUCGCCGUUCUGUCGUGCUAAAACUCGCGUAUAAAUGUCAGAAGGAGCACAAUUGUGAUGUGACUAAAAAACAACGCUUCAGCUGCCGGUGCUGUCGGUUUCAAAAAUGUCUGGAUAGAGGGAUGCGGCCGUCAAUGGUCCAACCGAACGCCUCCGAUAAAAAUGACACCUCGCAUUCGUCGAGCCUUUUGAGCGAGGUCAGUACACCACCUUCCACCACUUCCGGGCGAUUCGAAGCGAGCCCCUCCAGCUCGGGUAUACCCGAUAUGACCCAGGUGGUCAGCGGGGUCACCCCACCAGAGCGGUCUCUAAUUUUGGAGAAGCAGAAAGCGCUUCGGAUCAAGGUUGACACACUAUUUGAGACGCACAACACCCUGUCCAGCUUCAUAUUGCCCAUAAAAUUAUCAUUGAUUCAACAGGGACUGGUAGCACUCAAUGAUCAUCUACAAAAAUGGCCACUUUGUACGCCUGAACAUGUGAAACAAGGCGAACCCUUCACCCUUCUUGAGGUCAGCAUGAAUAUCGAUCAGGAAAUUGAAAAUAUUGCCGUGUUUUGUAUGAGUCUUGAUGAUUUUGCGCAUUUGGAUAAGGAUCAGAAGUGGGCUCUUUUCAAACGAUUUUGGAACAACUUUGUCGCACUUGAACGGUACAAAGCAGCGGCCAGAUGUCUUGGCAAACCGCCACUCGGGUUGUGGUUGAAUUAUAAUGGAUGUUACUACGACUUUCACAAAAAUGCCGACUGGACUCGCGACUCGCCGGAAGUCAAAAAGUUUGUCGAAUUCAUUACUCCGUCGUGUUUGAAAGAAAUGCAUCUCCUCGGGAAUCAACUUCAAAGAAUGGAGCCGACCGAUUUUGAGCUGGUAUUUUGCAUGUUGCAGACGAUGUGGAGUGUGAAAAGGGACACGAUAAUCAGCGAGACUACAGCUGCAAUGGCAGAUAGCGUAAAACGGCGGCUUGCUCAAGAAGUACACGAUUAUUAUACGGUACAGAUGAAGCGCACAAACUACGCAGCACGCCUCAUGCAAAUGAUGAGCAUCGUGGCGUCAUUAGAUGAAAUAGAGCAACAGCGUCGUGAAGAUCGGACGGUUUGUAGGACGUUUGAACUCUGUAAAGAAGAUUUAUUCUAUUCGGAAUUUGCUGAUUAU